AAAGCCGUCAGCCAUGGCCGGCACUGUUGGUGGCGGUGGCUCUUGGUGUCCCCAUGAGAAAGGGGAAAAAAACAAGAAUGCCCCCAAUUGGCAUUGCUACAUCUUGAAAUCAUAGCCGUACGAAAUUUUGGUGUUUGACUUUCGACCAUUAGAGUCAUCGCCAUCACAACAUUAUUAAAAAAUGAGAAUCUUGCAGUCAGUGAGGGGAGAACGACAGGGGCCACUCAUCUGCUGUUUUAGUUGACUUCUAUUUAAAAGCGUGGUCGCACUUCAGGUUGUCGUCAGAAGUCACAGCCAAAUGCAGCAGUAAAUAAAAAUAAUUGUCCUCCUCAGUCCUCACCGACGAUGACGAUGGUGUCCUGUAAAAAACUUAAAACACAUCUUUGCUGUUCUCUUCUCCACAUAACUACUGCUCCAUCUCCAUCAUUAAUGGCCUAUGUGAGAUUAUUACCCAGCUGAUGAUAAAUCCCCCACCCACACAUGCAGUGUCAGGAAAAUGGCUGCCCUGGGAAGGGAAGGGAAGGAAUGGCUGCGAUGAACAGAUCAUCGUAUGGAUACUCGAGAGUGGAUAAUGAGGAUCCUGAGGAAGCACAGCACAGGCGGGCACAGUUCUUGAUCUACAAGUCUAUGCAGAGGGCUGAUCAAGCCGGGAGGCGGCGGCGGCGGCCGUCGUGGCUGAGGGUGAAGAUCUCAAAAUUGAGGAUCAAGAUUGGGAAGAGACUCAAACGUCUGACAUCAGCAGUGUUUUCUGCCAAGAUGGACUUGUGCAAGCACGUUUCUUGUGUGUUCAGGUCUUGCAAGACGAGCUUGUUGCCUGCCAGACAUGUCAGGACUCUCCCUGCACCAUCUGUCUGUUCUUGAGUCUUAGUUAGUUAGUUAAAUCCUUUUUGUAUUGGAUUGGAUUGGAUCGGAUCACUCAUUUUGUUAAUGUUCUGUUUUGGGUGUUUUUUUUGUCACAAAGGAAGGGUGGCAUUUGUGUGGCCAUAGCCUUGUUUAUGUUAACCAAUCAAUGGCUACUGUCUGAACUCUGAAGUGAAGAAGACAAGUUUAAUUCA